CACAGCCAGUUGAAGCCAGUUCUUCGUUCAGUGGUGGUGUGUAGUUCGUGAGUGUUUUAUAGAUAUGUUAAAAUGGCAGGGUCUAUAGAGAUACCACUCAGGGAUACAGACGAGGUUAUAGAGCUUUAUUUGGAUCAGUUACCUGAUGGAGAUGAGGUCCUUGGGAUUCUACGGCAAGAACAUGCUCAGCUUACUAUCUGGGUCAAUUUGGCCCUUGAAUAUUACAAGCAGCAAAAGAUUGAAGACUUUAUUAAGAUACUUGAAUCUUCUCGUAUUGAUGCAAAUAUUGACUACCGGGACUAUGAAAAAGAUCAGAUGCGAGCUCUUGACAUGUUGGCAGCUUAUUAUGUUCAAGAAGCUAACAGAGAAAAGAACAAGGAUAAGAAGAGAGAUCUUUUUACAAAAGCCACAUUGUUGUAUACAACAGCUGACAAAAUCAUUAUGUAUGACCAGAAUCAUUUACUCGGACGAGCUUAUUUCUGCCUGCUCGAGGGGGACAAAAUGGAGCAGGCAGAUGCACAGUUUAAUUUCGUGUUGAAUCAAUCGCCCAAUAAUAUACCUUCUCUGCUUGGAAAAGCUUGCAUUGCUUUUAAUAAGAAAGAUUAUAGAGGCGCGCUUGCAUUUUACAAGAAAGCUCUUAGAACUAAUCCAAAUUGCCCAGCUGCUGUUAGGUUAGGAAUGGGCCAUUGUUUUAUGAAAUUGAAUAAUCAAGAAAAAGCACGACUAGCGUUUGAAAGAGCUUUACAGUUAGAUGGACAAUGUGUUGGAGCGUUAGUAGGUCUUUCGGUUUUGAAAUUAAAUCAACAACAGCCCGACAGUAUAAGAACUGGUGUGCAAAUGCUAUCGAAGGCAUACACGAUCGAUUCGACAAAUCCGAUGGUAUUGAAUCAUUUGGCAAAUCAUUUUUUCUUCAAGAAAGAUUAUAAUAAAGUUCAGCAUUUAGCGCUGCAUGCCUUUCACAAUACGGAAAAUGAAUCUAUGCGAGCGGAAAGUUGUUACCAAUUAGCUAGAGCAUUUCAUGUUCAAGGUGAUUAUGAUCAAGCGUUUCAAUAUUACUAUCAGGCGACACAAUUUGCACCACCUGUAUUCGUAUUACCACAUUUUGGCUUGGGACAAAUGUACGUUUAUCGCGGUGACGCCGAGAACGCAGCACAGUGCUUCGAGAAAGUAUUGAAGGCACAACCAGGAAAUUAUGAAACUAUGAAGAUCCUUGGCUCACUCUACGCCAACUCGAGUUCUCAAUCGAAACGCGACAUUGCAAAGAACCAUUUACGGAAGGUAACGGAGCAAUUCCCCGACGACGUCGAAGCCUGGAUAGAGUUGGCUCAGAUAUUGGAGCAGAGCGAUCUGAAUGCAGCCCUGAACGCUUAUGGCACUGCGACGAGAAUUCUAAAGGAAAAGGUUCAGGCAGAUAUCCCGCCGGAAAUCCUGAAUAACGUAGGGGCUUUGCAUUAUAGACUCAGUAGUCUAGAAGAAGCCAGGAAAAACUUGGAAGAGUCUUUGGCACGUUCAAAAGCAGAUGCUUUACACGAUUCAGUAUAUUAUAACUCGAUAUCAGUUACGACUACAUAUAAUUUAGCGCGAAUGAACGAAGCAUUGUGCAUAUUUGACCGAGCGGAAAAAUUAUAUAAAGACAUUCUGAAGGAGCAUCCGAAUUAUAUGGACUGCUACUUACGACUUGGCUGUAUGGCCAGAGACAAAGGGCAAAUUUACGAGGCGUCCGAUUGGUUUAAGGACGCUUUGAGGAUCAAUAAUGAACACCCGGACGCGUGGUCAUUGUUGGGUAAUUUGCAUUUGGCCAAAAUGGAGUGGGGCCCUGGUCAAAAAAAAUUUGAGAGGAUUCUCAAGAAUCCAUCAACGAGCACGGAUGCCUACUCUCUCAUUGCUUUGGGCAAUAUUUGGUUGCAAACCUUGCAUCAGAGUGGAAAAGAUAAGGAAAGGGAAAAGAGACAUCAAGAUCGUGCGUUAGCCAUGUACAAGCAGGUUCUGAGAAAUGAUCCGAAGAAUAUUUGGGCCGCGAACGGCAUUGGCGCGGUGCUUGCACACAAGGGCUGUGUGAACGAAGCCCGAGAUAUAUUUGCUCAAGUGCGCGAGGCAACGGCGGAAUUUUGCGACGUCUGGCUGAACAUUGCACACAUUUACGUGGAGCAAAAGCAAUUUGUUAGUGCGAUUCAAAUGUAUGAAAAUUGCCUACGCAAGUUCUACAGAUAUCAUCACGUUGAGGUCCUGCAAUAUCUCGGGAGAGCUUACUUUAAAGCUGGCAAGCUGAAAGAAGCGAAACUGACGUUAUUGAAGGCACGCCGAGUGGCUCCGCAAGAUACAGUUUUAUUAUAUAACAUCGCACUUGUACUUCAACGAUUAGCCACGCAAAUCCUGAAAGACGAGAAAUCGACUUUGACCACUGUACUUCAGGCGGUUCAUGAACUUGGCCUUUCGCACAAAUAUUUCCAAUAUUUGUCGGCGCAUGGCGAUCGGAUGGAACAAUUGGCUGACGCUGAAGCCAGAAGGUGCCAAGAUUUAUUGUCGCAAGCGCAGUAUCAUGUCGCUAGAGCUCGACGAUUGGACGAGGAAGAGAAGAUGCUGAGACGGAAGCAAGAAGAAGAAAGGCAAGCCUUCAAAAUGCGUCAGACGGAGGAGCAACGUAAGCUGGAGGAGAUGCGUCGUCAGAAAGAGGAGGAGAUGUUGCAGAAACGACAAGAAUACGUAGAGAAAACCAAAAAUGCGUUGGUGUUUGGGGAAAUGCCAUCAGAGAAACCAGGAAGAAAGGGCAAAAGGAUUCGAACCGAUCAGUACAUUAGUGAUAGCGGCGGAUCAGGUAGGGACGAAGGCAGGGAGGAAGCACCGAGAGAAAGAAAGCGCAGGAGGAAACCGAGCAACGAAUCUAAAGAGAGGAAGAGCAAGGGCAAACGCCGACGCAGGAAGGAAGUUGGAAGCGGUGGAAGUGGAUCAGAAAGCGAUCGACCGAAGGCUAAACGUGGAAGAAAGACCAGUACUAGGAGAGAAAAAUCCAGGAGGGGUACGAGCGAUAACCACAAGGGCAAAAUGCCGCUGUCAAAGGAGACCAUCUCCACCAGCGAGUCGGACAGUGACACCGGUGGUCUUAAGAUUGCCAGCGGUGGCGAAAGCGGCAACGAGAAUCAAGCACGCAGCAGCAGACGAAUCACGUCCGACUCAGAAGGUUCUCGUGCCUCGCGCUCAAGAUCUCGCUCGAGAUCAAAAUCUGGAAGCCGCUCGAGAAGCAGUUCCCGUUCGCGUUCUGGUUCUCGCUCGCGAUCACGGUCGCGCUCUAGAUCCCGCUCAGCAUCUGGAUCCAGGUCUAGAUCCAGAAGUGUCUCGAGAUCCAGAAGCCGUUCUGCAUCUGGGUCAAGAUCGGGGUCUGCUAAAAGUAGAUCACGAUCGAGGUCUGGCUCGCGAAAAAGUGGCUCACGGUCAAGGUCUAAUAGCGGUUCAAGGAAGAGCGGCUCGAAAGCAAGAUCACGGUCGAGCUCGAGGAAAAGUGGCUCUAGGUCGAGGUCGCCGAGUGGCUCGAGGAAAGCCGCGUCUCGGUCGAGAUCGCCGAGCGGUUCAAGGAAAGCCGCAUCUCGGUCGAGAUCCAGGUCAAAGUCAAAAUCUAGAUCUCGAUCCAGAUCUAGAAGCGGUUCACGUUCAGGCUCGGAGGAACGCCGAUCGCGAAGCAAAAGCCGAUCGCGAAGCAAAAGCCGAUCGCGAAGCAAAAGCCGAUCGCGAAGCAAAAGCCGAUCGCGAAGCAAAAGCCGAUCGCGAAGCAAAAGCCGAUCGCGAUCUAAGUCGAAGUCCGUUUCGAGGUCCAAGUCAAGAUCCAAAAGUAGAUCACGAUCACGUUCCAGAUCUAAGAGCGGCUCUAGAAGCAGGAGCCCCAGCGGAUCGGCACGCUCUGCGUCUCCGGUGUCUAGGAAAUCGGUGUCGGGUAGCGGUGACAGUGACAGUGAAUAAAAUGGACAUUCUCGCAAUGUAUGGUUAUCAUGAUGACAAAAAACAGAAUUACCCUUGCAUAUAUGGAGCGUAGAAUAUAUAAUUUUUAUAAAAGUCACUUUUUUUUACAAGGUACUUUGGAUGCUAAAUUUGUAACGUAUAUGAGAACAGGUGAACAAUAUAACAAACAUAAGACAUAAAGUUUAAGAUGAGUCGUACAUAAACGACUUUAUGGAAAUAUUGCUUUGAGUUUCCUUGUAAUGGACAUUUUAUUACGACAAUAAUUGAGUACGUAGACUUGUCAAGACAAAGGAACAUUUUUAAUCCCUCAUGUAACAUCGCACGAUGAGUUUUAACGUUAUAUUAAUCUCUAACACAAUUUAUUACGUAUAUUACACGAAACGAGUCAUCGAUGUGCUCCGAUUGUCGUCGAUGUCGUGCACGAUGAAACAAAUAGAUUCUGUUCUUUGUCACUUCUCUUUGUCACUUCUCUUUCGAUUAGUAGCGUUAAAAUAUAAAACGAUACAUUUUUGCAUAUAUUAGACAUUACAUAAUUAUAUGAACAUUAUGUCUUACAUCUAUACAUACGUUGUAAUUAUACGUAGAUUUGUUGUAAAUCUAACAUUUGAAAAGAUUAUAUCUGUGAGAAAAGGAAUUGUUUUAUAUCAUUGUACGAACAGUGCUAAUAAAACAACGAAAUCGCA